AUGAGUCUUCCAACCAUUACCCAAGAGACUACCACGGCGCUGGAACAACAUAUUGACAAUGCUACACAACCGACUGCAGACAAGUUACCACUGCCGUCUGCCCUAGUUCAUGUAGUCGACGCCCAGAACAAUGUCCUCUUCUCCCAUGGCUCGAGUCCAUCCAAACCUCCUACGUCGGAAUCAAUAGCUAUCAUUCAAUCCCUUACAAAGAUCAUUGGUGCAAUAGCAUACAUGCAGCUUGUCGGGCAAGGUCUGGCCACCCUUGAUGACUCCACCACAAUCAGCACCUUCCUUCCAGAACUCACAUCGAAGCAAGUUUUGACUGGCUACACCGUGGAUAGCAAUACAGGGAAGAAGCAGUGGCAACUUGAAGACCAAAAGAGCAGUAUUACAGCUCGAAUGCUCUUAAACCAUACUUAUGGCGGCGGCCACACUUACUUCAACCAACUACUCGUGGACUACGUCCGUGAUCUCGGCGAGGGAGUAUGGGAAAAGACAAACGAAGCCAACGACCCUUACGGCAUUCUCCUUGCAAGCCCUCUCCUCUGGCACCCAGGCACGCACACAAACUACGGACAGGGCCUCGACUGGAUCGCCGUGCUCAUCGAGCGCAUCACCAAGAAGACCCUGGGUGACUACCUGCAAGAAAACAUUUUCAAUCCCCUCGGGCUCCGGGAAAUCGGGUUUGAGCCUGCGUUUGGAGGCGCCGUUACCGCACUGCCUGAGAAUGCAGGUAAAUUCUGGCCGAGAAAUAUGAGGACGGAAACCGGUUUUGUCACGCUGGAUGCGGCGGAGCCAGAGGUCGUUAGAAGAUCGGAUGCGUACCCUGAGGGACAGCAUCACGUUGGGUGUUUGGGAACGGGGCUGGUGGCUAGUGCAAGGGACUACGUGCAUCUUGUUGCUGCGUUGCUGCCGCAGAAUCAAGGUGUCGAUCCGAUAACAGGACAUCGUAUUCUUUCUGCCGAGUCGGUGGCGGAAAUAACAAAGCCGCAGCUUGCAGAGCAUCUACGUAAUGACUCUCGUAGUCUUCCUGUUUCAGAUGCUCUUCCCAUCAUACUUCCGGUGGACUUGUCGUCUCCUCAUCUGGAUCCCGAAGGUAGCUAUGGGCUGGGUUGUGGUGUUCAGGGUGCACAGAGAGUGCUGAAAGAUGGGAAGAGGGGUAGAAGUAAGGGUACGGUCUAUUGGUAUGGUGCACCAAAUUGCGAUAUGUGGAUCGAUGGGGAGAAUGGUAUCGUAGUGACUAUUUGGGGGAGUUAUUAUCCAUGGAACGAAGGCGCAUGGGUAGACUUCGUAGCGGGGGUAGAGGGAUUGGUUUAUGAGGGUCUGACAGAGUAA